GACUGACACUCGUCUUCCAGGUUUUUCGACGUGCUGAGAAGUUUUCACUUCCACUUUCGGCAGUGUUAACAGUCCUCGUCAGACAGAUCGUGUACACCGCAGAACGUCUCUUGCAGACCACCUUAUUUCUUUCAGUUCACGAGUAAAAAAUGUUCCACAGCACCAAUAUCUUGAAACAAUUUUCAACCCAGCUGAGGCAGUUAUCGACAACUUCGCCGAAAAAUGUCAAAGUGGCUGUGUGCGGAGCGAGUGGCGGAAUUGGUCAGCCUCUUGCGCUUCUGUUAAAACAGUCUCCUCUUGUGACAAAAUUAUCUUUGUAUGACAUUGUUCACACUCCAGGGGUGGCAGCGGAUUUGAGCCACAUAGAUACCGAUUCUACAACUAGUGGGUUUAAUGGACCAGAAAAAUUAAAGGAUGCAUUAGAGGGCAUGGAAGUAGUUAUUAUUCCUGCUGGUGUACCAAGAAAACCUGGAAUGACAAGAGAUGACUUAUUUAACACAAAUGCAAGCAUUGUCCGCGAUUUAGUAGAAGCCUGUGCAAAAUAUUGCCCAAAAGCACUUCUUGGCAUUAUUUCCAAUCCUGUAAAUAGCACAGUGCCAAUUGCUUCAGAAGUUCUGAAGAAAGCUGGCGUUUAUGAUCCAAAAAGAGUUUUCGGAGUAACUACUUUAGAUGUGGUCAGAGCAAAUACUUUCGUUGCUGAGGCAAAGAAACUAAACCCUCAAGAAGUUCAUGUACCAGUUGUCGGAGGACAUUCCGGUGUAACUAUCAUGCCACUUAUCUCACAGGCAAAACCUUCAGUGUCCUUUACUGAUAGUGAAUUAGCCAAGCUUACAGCUAGAAUUCAGGAUGCUGGAACAGAAGUUGUACAAGCAAAAGCAGGAGCUGGUUCGGCAACUUUAUCAAUGGCUUAUGCUGGAGCUAGGUUUGCAUUUUCACUUUGCAAAGCGCUCAAUGGUGAAAAGAAUGUCGUCGAAUGCUCCUUCGUUGCUUCAGAUGUUACAGAAGCCAAAUAUUUUUCCACACCUCUAGUACUUGGUAAAGAGGGUGUUGUUCAGAACUUGGGUCUUGGCAAGUUGUCAAGCUACGAAGAGGAUUUGCUAAAAAACGCGCUGCCAGAGCUCAAGAAAAAUAUUGAAAAAGGUGAACAGUUCGUCAAAUAAAGUGGAAUUUUUUUGACACCAAUACAAAUAGAGAUUAUUAAAUUGAAAAUUUUGUUUCUUUAAAAGAAUAAAAAUAGUGCUAAGUCAAACAAUUGUAUAUAUCGAUGAAAUAUUGUACACCAAUUUGAUACACACAUUCCUUCCAGAAAAAUUAAAGAAACUAUUUCUCAGAAA